CCGUGGUGCCCCCCUAUAUUCCCGAAAACUCAAGCUUUUCUGUAUCAACAGACUCCCAAAACAAACCGAUUCUUCUUCUGUUCCCACUCCUACGAAAGCAGGUUGGUCUCUCAUAAGCAUGCGAUGAUCUACUGAAACACAAACUCAAAUCUUUUAGGCGCCAAACUCAAACACUCGCCAAAGUAAAGCUCACCCUCCGGCUCAAGAGUCUAUCGCGAUACAAAUUUCUAUACACAUAUCACCAUGAAUCCAGCAGUCGACCCCGAUGAGUUCAAGGUCAAGGACACGAAACCCGACCUUGGGGACCAAAGGUGGCCAAAUGGUGGGACCUACGGUGGUAGAGGGUGGAUGAACAGCGGCGAGAGGUAUGCCAGCACUUACGACCUCGUUGAGCAAAUGUUCUACCUCUAUGCUCGGGUUGUGAAGGCUAAGGACCUUCCCUCAAGCGCCAUCACAGGCAGCUGCGACCCUUACGUGGAGGUGAAGCUCGGGAACUAUAAGGGCCGGACAAAGCACCUUGACAAGAAGAUGAACCCAGAGUGGAACCAAGUGUUUGCCUUCUCCAAGGACCAAAUCCAGUCAUCGGUCCUGGAGGUAUUCGUGAAGGACAAAGAGAUGGUGGGAAGGGAUGACUACAUAGGGAGGGUCGUGUUCGACUUGAACGAGGUCCCCACACGGCUCCCACCCGACAGUCCACUGGCUCCACAAUGGUACAGGCUCGAGGACAGGCGAGGAGCCAAGGUGAGAGGGGAUAUAAUGCUCGCGGUUUGGAUUGGGACUCAGGCUGAUGAGGGCUUCCCCGAGGCUUGGCACUCCAAUGCGGCCUCUGUCCGCGGAGAAGGUAUCUUCAGUGUGCGGUCGAAGGUCUACGUGUCCCCGAAGCUGUGGUAUCUCAGAGUGAACGUGAUUGAGGCUCAGGAUGUCAUCCCGAGCGACCGGGCCCGACUCCCGGAGGUCUUAGUGAAAGCACAGGUGGGAAGCCAAGUCAUUAGGACAAAGGUUUGUCCUACUCAGACCACAAACCCUGUCUGGAACGAGGAUCUGGUGUUUGUGGUGGCCGAGCCAUUUGAGGAGCACCUACUGGUGACAAUUGAGGAUCGGGUCCAUCCUUCGAAGGAAGAGGUGCUCGGGAAGAUUAGCCUCCCUCUUGAAACUUUUGAGAAGAGGCUAGAUCACAGGCCAGUUCAUUCCCGGUGGUUCAACCUAGAAAAGUUCGGGUUCGGAGUCUUGGAGGUGGACCGGAGGAAAGAGCUCAAGUUCUCAAGUAGGAUCCACCUGAGAGUAUGCUUGGAGGGCGGGUAUCAUGUCUUAGAUGAGUCCACAAUGUACAUAAGUGAUCAAAGGCCGACCGCUAGGCAGCUAUGGAAAGAGCCGAUAGGGAUACUCGAGGUCGGGAUCUUGGGGGCUCAGGGGCUUCUCCCGACGAAGAUGAAGGACGGCCGAGGAUUCACGGACCCGUAUUGUGUCGCCAAGUAUGGUCAGAAGUGGGUCCGGACCCGAACAAUCCUCGAUGCGCUGAACCCCAAGUGGAACGAGCAAUACACCUGGGAGGUUUACGACCCCUGCACUGUGAUGACCUUGGGCGUGUUCGAUAACUGCCACCUGGGUGGGGGUGAGAAACCGGGUAACGGAGGGGCAAGGGAUUCACGGAUCGGGAAGGUGAGGAUCCGCCUCUCGAUGCUGGAGGCGCACCGCAUGUACACGCACUCCUACCCGCUUCUCGUUCUGCAGCCGAACGGGGUGAAGAAAAUGGGUGAACUACUGCUGGCAUUCCGGUUCACGACCCUGUCCCUAGCCAACAUGAUAUACGUCUACGGUCAUCCUUUGCUCCCCAAGAUGCACUACCUGCAUCCGCUUACGGUGAACCAGGUGGACAACCUCCGGUACCAGGCGAUGAACAUCGUGGCUACAAGGCUUGCGAGGGCCGAGCCGCCCCUCAGGAAGGAGGUGGUGGAGUACAUGCUCGAUGUGGACUCACACAUGUGGAGCAUGAGGAGGAGCAAGGCCAACUUCUUCCGGAUCAUGUCCCUGCUCUCGGGGGCCAUCUCGAUGGGCAGGUGGUUCGGGGACGUCUGCAACUGGAGGAACCCCACGACCUCGGUCCUCGUCCAUGUGCUUUUCCUGAUCCUGAUAUGGUAUCCGGAGCUGAUACUCCCGACUAUUUUCCUCUAUAUGUUCCUCAUUGGGCUGUGGAACUACCGGUACCGGCCAAGGCACCCACCCCACGUGGACACCAAGCUCUCAUGGGCAGAGGCGGUCCACCCAGACGAGCUCGAUGAGGAGUUUGACACAUUCCCGACUUCCAGACCGCACGACAUCGUGCGGAUGAGGUAUGACCGGCUCAGGAGUGUGGCAGGUAGGAUACAGACGGUGGUCGGCGACGUGGCAAUACAAGGGGAGAGGGUCCAGUCCCUAUUGGUUUGGAGGGACCCCAGGGCUACUGGUCUGUUCAUAAUGUUCUGCCUAUGUGCUGCAGUGGUGCUCUACGCGACCCCAUUCCGGGUGGUAGCUCUCGUGACGGGUCUGUAUUAUCUCCGCCACCCUCGGUUCCGGAGCAAGUUGCCCUCAGUCCCAAGCAACUUCUUCAAGAGGUUGUCUGCCCGAGCUGAUGGCUUACUCUAACUAUCCUUUAUCAGACUGUAUCACAUCAGCUCUAAUUAUACUCCACCAAACUGUCACGAGCUUGUGAGAUUUUAAACAGACGGUCGUAUUUCGUAACCCCUUUUGGGCUCGCAAUAUUUUUAGACAGUCUUUCGAUGUUUUCCUAGAACUUGUACCUGAUAGUCAUUUCAUCUGCUGUAUAUUUUUCAUUAAGUGUACUGUGAUGUAAACGUUUGAUAUUGAUAUUUGUACCAAAGGAACAUUUUCUCUA